AUGAAUUGCUACAAAGGAAUUUUUAGCUUUUUGAAUCUUUCUGGUAAUACAAAGCUUAUACCACGGAAAGAUUUAUACAGUAACCCAAAUGGGUCGUUUCCGAAGAUAUCACCAGAUGGAAAACACCUUGCAUUUCUCGCUCCAAGAAAGGACGUGAUGAACCUUUUCGUUUGUCUCAAUUCUUAUGACGUAGAUAAAGCGAAAGUGAUCACUUGUGAAAAUCGUAGAAUUGUAGAAUAUUGUUGGACGUAUGAUAAUUAUAUUUUGUAUUCUAAUGACAAAGACGGAAACGAAGCCAAAGCGAAAUGUCUGACUCCAUAUGAAAAUGUUCAAUCUAAGCUUGUUCGCCUAUGCCCGAAUGAAAUUAUUGUUGCAAUUAACAAACCGAAUCCUAAUGCGAACAGCCUUUAUAAAAUUAAUUAUAAGACUGACGAAAAACCUACAUUAAUUGAAGAGAACGAACAAUUUUUUGAUGAAUAUGCUAUAGAUGACUCAUUAAAAAUUCGUUGCGCCAAUAAAUUAGUUAAUGAAUUAGUUAAAAAACAUAAUUAUGAAAAUAAAGUCCGUAAGAAAGUCUAUAUAAAAGAAGAAGAUUCUAAUGAUUGGAGACCGAUAAUUAGUUAUGGAAUGGGAGAUGUCAGAUCUUCAAGGAUAAUUUCUAUAGAUAACGAAGGGAUGAUUUAUUUAGUUGAUUCACGUGAUAGUGAAUUCUCUGCCAUAUAUAAACUAAACACGUGCGAUAAAGAACCGAGGGAAAUUGCGAGGCCACCAAAUCAAAAAGCAGAUAUUAAUAAAAUUCUUCUUCAUCCGAAAACCAAAAAGCCUAUCGCAUAUUCAAUCACUUAUCUUAAAGAUAAGUGGUAUUGCAUUGAAGAAAAAGUUUUUUAUGACUUGGAAUUUUUAGGAAAAUUUAAUGACGGUGAACUCGACAUACUUUCUCAAUCUUUGGAUAAUAAAAUUUGGACCGUGGCUUUUGAAAGUGGAAAUCAACCUCCAAAGUACUACCUUUAUAAUCGAGACAACAAAUCAAUUAAUCAUUUAUUUGAUGCUUACCCGAAAUUAGAAAAAUAUACGUUAGCCCAAGUUUUCCCUUUAGUGAUUAGAUCCAGGGAUAAUAUAGAUUUAGUCUGUUAUCUUACGCUUCCAGCUGGAAAAUAUGACCCUUCAACAAAAUGCAAACCAAAAAAACCUUUACCAUUAAUUUUACAUGUUCAUGGAGGUCCUUGGACACGUGAUUACUAUGGCUUCAAAGCCGAUUCACAAUUUUUUGCAAAUCGUGGUUAUGCUGUAUUAAAUGUAAAUUACCGUUCUUCCAUUGGCCUAGGUAAAUCGUUAAUCCAUGCUGGUGUUGGUCAAUGGGGAAAACAAAUGAAUUAUGAUUUAAUUGAUGCAGCAAAAUGGGCAAUUUCUGAAAAAAUUGCUAUAAAAGAAAAAAUUGCAAUUUAUGGAGGAAGUUACGGUGGAUUUGCUACAUUAGCUGGGCUUGCUCUUACAAAUGAAAAUGAAAAUUUUGCUUUUGCAUGUGGAGUUGAAUUUUCCGGUCCUUUUGAUCUUGUAAGGCUGGUCAGUACUAUCCCUUCGUAUUGGAAACCAUCUUAUGAUGAAUUCGUAUACCGUCUAGGUGGCGAUCCUAAUACUGAGGAAGGGUUGAAGCAUUUACAAUCUUGUAGUCCAUCAAAUUUUGCUGACAAUAUUAAUAAACCUUUCAACAAUAUCAUUCCUGAAACACUUGAGAGCAAUAAUAUCCCUGUUGGAUACGUUUUAUAUUGUGAUGAAGGCCAUGGGUUCGUCAAGCCCGAAAACAUGCUUUCAUUUGUUGCACUUAAAGAGAAAUUUUUGUCAAAAUACUUAGGUGGUAGGCGUGAAAAUUUUGAUAAAAAUGAUUUUAAAAAUUUAAAUAUUAAAGUAAAAUAUG